GCUAUAUAAGUGAGAAGAAGUUCAUCCAAAUUUGUAAGCAAUUCUUAUCAUACAAACAAUACUACAUCCUUUAAGCUUAAAGAUCCCAAAUCAAAAACAAAAAAAAUGGUGUCAAGAGUAGAAGAAGCCAUUAAAGGAAGGCAACAGCAACAACAAAGAGAUCAAGUAAUGCAAAUAGUGCAAUGCAACAAAAGCAAAGUUAAGAAGUUCAAGAGAAGUAGUUCUAAUCUUGAAGAAGAUGGUGCUUCUUCUGCCAUCUUCUUUCUUGCUUGUAUUGCUUGUGCUCCCUCUAGUUCUUAUCUUUAAUUUUUACGUUGUUGUAUCAUGCAUACGGAGUAAUUUAGUAGUAGAUGUUCAACUACAAUCUCUGCUUAAAAUUAUUUGUCACGUUAAUAGUUGAAGUGACACUAUAUACCAAUGUGGCAAAGAAAUUUUGGAUGGAGGUCGGAAGCAUUUAUAGACCAUAUAAGUAAGUAAUUUGGCACUAGUAGUUCCUCUUGAUCAUAAGUGUCAUUUAUCCAUUCUUUGUGAGCUUUCAAAUAAA